GCCCAAGAGAAAGAAAUAUUGUUGCAGCUGCUGGCUUGUCGGUGGCUCCUGACGGAUCAGCCUUCAAGAAAUCAGUGUAGACUGGACUAUGGAUAUAAUGAUAUAACUGGAGUUUCACUGGGGACUCAUUUUUAUUUGCAAUUUUGCUUUCGGUUCAGUCAAACACUGCUUAAUUGACGCGUCUUUGUUUGGUGUUAAUGCAAAUUGGAGAACUUGAUGCCUACAAGGUUUUAAUGUUUGAUCCAUCAGAUUUCAUACCUUGUCUGCUGCCUGGUGCAGUUAUCUAAGCACGUUAGAUCUUGAACUGGCAAGUUAAAAAUAGGCAGCAGUUCCAUCAAAUGUCACCCACACAUUUAUUGUUCCGUUCCAAAUACAUAGAUGGAGUUAUACAGAGAAUAGUGCAUCUGAGUAUUUUAUAAUAGAUAUUUUAAUGAUUGAGAUUUAUAGCUAUUUAUUUUUAAAAAAAAGCCAAAAAGCAAGGGUUUUUUGCACUAUAGCUUGUAUUCAGAUUUGUGAGACAUUGAGUGUUUAUUUUGCAUCACUGAGGAUGAUUGUGAUCCAGAAUGUGGGGCCCAGUUCCCCAGCGAGGAUUAGGAGACAGUGGGUGAAAAGGAUUCUGUGGGGUGUCCUCUUUGGGCUGAUGGUCCUUAUCUAUGGCUCUCAUGCACCGCUCAUUUCUCUCACUAAGGUAGAUGGUCAAGUUCCUUUCAACUCCUCGUCGUGUGUUGUCAUGAUUGAGUUAUCCAAACUCCUGAUUUCUCUGGUGACUCUUGUUUUAACUGGGGGUACUUCCACCUUACAUGUUCCUCCAACUUUAGUCCGUGUGGCCCCCUACGCAGUCCCUGCCAUUCUCUACGCCCUCAACAACAACCUGGUAGUUCUCAUGCAGGCUUACAUGGACCCAAGCUCAUACCAAGUCCUCUCUAACCUGAAAAUUGCCUCCACUGCCCUGCUGUACUCCCUCUGCCUGGGAAAGAGGCUCCGGCCCUCUCAGUGGUUGGCUCUGGGGCUCCUCAUGGGUGCAGGCGUGUGCCACAGCUACAGCAGCCUGGAUCCAGGGGACACUGAGAGGGCUGAAGCAGAGGAAGGUCCCAGGCUUCAUAUCACAGCUUGGGGGCUUUUCCUUGUGCUGGUGUACUGCUGUGUUUCAGGGCUGGCAGCAGUUUACACAGAGAUGGUGCUGAAGAGCCAGAAGUUGCCGCUCAGUUUGCAGAAUCUCUACCUCUAUGUGUUUGGUGUGGCCAUCAACGGGCUCUCCUCCUUUUCCUUUGCAGCAGGUGAAAAGAACUUUCUGGAGGGAUACUCAGGGGUGGUCUGGGUCAUUAUAGCAGGGCAGGCAGCUAACGGACUCUUGAUGUCUGUGGUGCUCAAGCACGGCAGCGGGAUCACCAGACUGUUUGUCAUUUCCUGCUCCAUGCUGGUCAAUGCUCUGUUGUCUUGGGCAGUGUUAGGGCUGCAGCUCACACCUUUUUUCCUCCUGCCUGUUUCUAUGAUUGGACUGGCAGCUUACCUUUAUUACAGAUAGUAAAUAACUGAACCACAAGGUCCAUUGAACUGUCUACCUGAACUUCUGUUUCCUAGUUUUCAAGUGUCAGUUUUGAUUUGUUUUCUGCCUUACAUCUCUCUGCCUUCUUAAAUCCAGAAUCCAACACACGUAUUUUGAUGUGUAACCAUAUACCAUAUUAUCUGUGAACAGUUGCGUCAGCUUAAUUAGAGUUUUUACAUCAUAUUUAAGAAUUUACAGCAAAGCGUGGUCACAAAAAUGUGUGUAAAUUCAUAUAAUAAUGCAAGUCAGGAUUAUAAAAUCGUCAGUUCAACAUUUCUGAAGAGUGCUGCUAUUGUUAUUUUGUUUUGUAUUCAUUCUCUGCCAAGAACAAUGUCGAAGAUCAUGUCAAAGUGUUAUAAAGUGUAUUAAUGAUAACCAAUAAAUUAUCAAUAACA